AUGGCGGCAAGUGGCUCGGACUGGACACCGAUACCGCCAAGAUGGCAUCAAGGGCGAUUAGGUGUGGCUUGCUUGACCAGGGAAAGAGAAGACGUCCCUCAAAGCCCCAUUAACGUAAAAGAAGUCGAUCCCUACGAACACAAGCAAGCUGCUACAGAAUGUGAACAAAGUCAAGAAGAUGGAAUCAACUCAAUAGAAUUAGGUAUUUUAUAUGACUUCCGAAGUGACCGAACAAAGUUAAGGCUCGAUAUAAUUGACCCGAAUUCCAGAUCCCUGACUAAUGGUAGGGGGCCCCGCCCAUUAUCGGCUGAGAUGCCGAUAGCACCUACUGAGAUCAGAGUAGUUGGCCUAGAAGGCUCCUUCAAAGGUCCAGGAUUCGAACCUAUAUUUCCUGAGCCUAGUGAGAUAACCUCUUACUCUACCCCGCGUUGCAUUAAGAAAGAGAGUGGUCGGUACUCUACCUCAUGCCAGAGCUCCACCUUAGCUCGGUUCGAUAUCGCUAAAUGA